UAAAGCGCGUCGUCAAUCCGUAUAGCUUGCUGUUAUUUUUAAAGAGUUCUUUAAUAUUACUAUGCCUAAUAUAAACUAAUAUUAUAUACUCAACUACAGCUUAUUUUAUUUAUAAAACAUUGUUUUUCUAAAUUGUGAAGUUGUACAAACAGAACUUAUACUAAUUACUAAAUCUAAUACAUUCAUUUUUCACUUCAAAGCUUCAAAAUGACUAUGGACAUUCGCCCCAACCACACGAUAUAUAUCAACAAUUUAAAUGAAAAAAUAAAGAAAGAAGAGUUAAAAAAGUCACUUUAUGCAAUAUUUUCACAAUUUGGACAGAUUUUGGAUAUUGUCGCAAUGAAGACCCUAAAAAUGAGGGGGCAGGCUUUUGUUAUAUUCAAAGAAAUAUCAAGCGCAACUGUUGCUUUAAGAAGCAUGCAAGGAUUUCCAUUUUAUGAUAAACCAAUGAGGAUUCAAUAUUCAAAAUUGGAUAGUGAUGUCAUAGCUAAAGUCAAAGGCACAUUUCAAGAGAGGCCAAAACGUCCAAAACUACCCAAAAGUACAGAAGAUGGUAAGAAGAAGAAGAACAAGGAUCCAAAUAGGCCAGCAGUUCCUGGGUUUGGUCAACCUAGUCUCCUCAACAAUGUCAAUGUUGAACAGCCACCUAACCAGAUUCUGUUCCUCACUAAUCUACCCGAUGAAACUUCUGAAAUGAUGUUAUCUAUGCUUUUCAACCAGUUCCCUGGCUUCAAAGAAGUUCGACUUGUGCCUAAUAGACAUGAUAUUGCAUUUGUUGAAUUUGCUAAUGAAAUGCAGUCUGCCGCAGCAAAGGAAGCACUCCAAGGUUUCAAGAUAACACCAACUCAUGCAAUGAAGAUUUCAUUUGCAAAGAAAUAAUGUUAAGCUCUUCUAUUUAGUACAAAUAAAGAUCUAAGUAUUCUGA